CAAACCUCGCGGUUGAGGGGCAACAUAACCUCACUUUCAUUGUUUUUCUGUUCAUGCUUGAGAAAAUAUUGCGAAAAUUGCAAUAAAAUUAAAGUAUUUUUUAUUUAAAAGUUUAUAGUUGGUGGUAGAGUGAUCAAGGAGUCAAAAUACAGUGCAUUUGCAGUGAUUAAAGUGGUGAUUUUGGCGGAAAGAGUGAGAAAAUCAUGAGCACUCGGCGUGGAGCAACCACGCGUACAAGGCCCCAAAAACACAAGAAUCACACGGCUUUCCGGAAUGAUUUGCAUGACAAAAAUCUGCCCAAGACAAAGUUCAUAAACUCCAUCCAAGUGUCUGAGGUGUGUGAACGCUGUCGGGGUGUAAUUGAAUGGAAAAUCAAGUACAAGAAGUAUAAGCCGCUCUCGCAGCCAAAAACAUGCAUCAAGUGUGGCAAUCGCACCGUGAAGGCGGCAUAUCACGUCAUGUGCAGAGAAUGUGCAUUGACGCUGAAAGUCUGUGCGAAGUGUAAUAAAUCACCGGAGGAUGGAGGAAUUUUGCCACCGGUCCCUACGCCCCAGGAACGCAUGAAGCUGGACACGGAGAUGCAGCAGAUGAUCAAGAGGCUGCCAGAGCGAAAGAGAAGGACAUUCCUGAGAUUCAUGAACAAGGGGAAGAAGACUGAAAAGGAGGAAGCAAAUGAGGAAAAUCCUUCAGUCGACCAGGAAGAUUCAGAUCAACCAGUCCAAUCUACAUCUACCAAAGAUCCUCCUCCAGCCAUUCCUCACACUCGUGAUGAAUUGCUAGAGAAGAUCCGAUCACUGAAUUUGGUUUCCGAUGAAGAUUCUGGAAGUGAUUCUGAUGAUAAAUCCUUCGAUUCUAAUAUUUCCUACUAUUCUCAAAGUACUUCGAGUAAUUUUGAAUAUGAAAUGCACCGGUAAUAAAAUUCACUGUGCUGUAAUUUUGGGGAAUAUUCAAAUUGUUGUAUUUCAUAACAGAAUAAAGAGGUAUCAAUUAAUUGAA